AUGGCGGCUCGGAGAAGUUUGAGAUACUCAGGGGACCCCAGUGCAAAACGUUCAAGGAACACAUUGAGAAGCACAAAUUCCAGGAAACAGAAAGCUGGUCAGAAGUCCAAGCGCAAGGAUGUGUUCGACUUUCCUAAUACAUCCGAUGUCUCAAGCAUGCUGAGAGAACUCGAGGAAGAAGAGGAACCUUACGAAACCUUCGACCCCCCUCUGCACAGCACUGCUAUCUACACAGAUGAUGAGCUCUACAGGCACUGUGUGUCCUCCACCUCCCCAGCCACCCACAGAGGAAAGGAGAGCAGGAACUUGAACCCUUCUGAAAAUGAAGCAAGUGGAAAUGAUUCGAUAAAGCUCAGUGCAAAAAAGCCAAGGAGAAAGCUGGAGCCCAUCAGCGAUGAGUCGGACAGCUCUGAAGACAACGGAAGGAGAUCGGUGUCUAUAGAACGACCAAGGGCACGCAAGCCCCCGGCUGCUCCUGCAGCAGCGUCCUCGUCGUCACCGUCUGAGAGGCCAGCAGAGCAGGUCACUCCUCGGAAGACGAGCGUCCCUCAGCCCUCUGCUGUGGAGGAGACUCCAGCAGCACAGAGUCAGCUGAAAACUCAGAAGAAAGUCAGGCCAUCUCCUGGCAGGAGGAAGAGACCAAGGCGUGGAUCCACACACUCAGAUGCUUCUGAAAGCAUGCAUAUUUUGUGUCUGGAAGGAAAGAGACAGAGUGACGUCAUGGAGUUGGAUGUUGUUUUGUCUGCAUUUGAGAAAACCUUCCUGGACUAUAAGCAAAGAGUUGAAUCUGAAAGUUGUAAUCAAGCCAUCAGCAAAUUUUAUUUUAAAAUUAAAGGAGAACUCAUCAGAAUGCUUAAAGAAGUCCAGAUGCUAAAAGCCCUGAAAAGGAAGAACACCAAGAUAAUCUCCAACAUGGAAAAGAAAAGACAGCGUUUAAUUGACGUCCAGGAUGAACUGAUUCGAUUAGAACCACAACUGAAACAACUACAAACAAAACAUGACGACCUUAAGAAGAGAAAGUCAGCACUUAAGAAUUCCAAGCAUUUCUUAUCUAAUUUAAAACAGCUGUAUCAAGAUUAUUCCAGUGUUCGAGAGGAAGAACCAAAGGAAAAGGAAAAGUAUGAUUCAUCUAGCCUUCCCGCUCUGUUAUUUAAAGCAAGAAGCAUUCUGGGAGCUGAAAAACACCUGAAAACCAUCAAUUAUCAUCUGGGGAAGCUCCUUAAGCAGGACUGAGGAACUGAGUCUCCUGCUACCAUUUCUUCUCCUGAAACCAAGCUCCUGACAGCCAGGCUUCUGUGCUGGCAGUGAGUGAGGCCUGCUCACCAGGAUGUACUACAGUUUGUCAUUCAAACCAAACUGCACCUCUCCAGUUGUCUAAUAACUCAGAAGGCAUAGCCAUAUUUUUGAGUAUUGUGUUAAUAAAUUUCAGUCUC